AGAACUUCAUUUUUAAUUUGUAAUAAAAGUUUACAACUUGAUUUUUUCAAAAAAGUCAACAAACUGCAAGCACCUGUUAAUAAGGGUCUUAAAUAAUUUUUAAAAAACUAAAAAAAGAAAGCACUGAAGGACUUUAUCAAAAAAAUGAAAAGACAACCUAUAAAAUUGGACUAUCCUGAUGUUAUACCUUCAACAAUACAGAAAAUAUGCACACGAUUGUUCAAUGCAGCUUUAUUUGUAAUAGCAAAAUCUUGGUAACUACAGAAAUGCCCACAUAUAGGGGAUCGGCUAUAUGACUAAGGUGUAUGUACCUGCUCUAACAAAGAGCAAAUCACUAGGAACUGCUCUAGGGUAAUUUCCAGGAUAUACUUUUAAAUGAAAACAACAAAGUGCAAAUGAGCAUAUUUGUUCAAGAAAAACAGAGUUAAGAAUUCAAGUAACUAAUUAUCUUUAUCUUACACAAAACUUUCCAGAGAAUUGACAAAUGGCUGCUGCCCAGCACAUUCUUUUAUAUUUAGAAGUCAGCGUAAGCUUGCUACAAAACCAGGCAAGGGCAGUAGGAGAAAGGAAAGUUACAAGCCCGGUUCAUUUAUGAACAUAAAUGUAAAAUACCUGAAAAAUAGCAAACUGAGCCAAACAAUAUAAAAAUGAUAAUGAUAAGAUUACCAUAGAAAACCAAGAAUGGCUUAAUGUUAGAAAGUUUGAAAUGUAAUUCACUACAUUAACAACUUAAAGGAUUAAAGGAGAAAAAUAAUGUUAUCAUCUCAACAUAUACAGAAAAAAUCAAUAGAUAUAAUCUGACAUAAAUUAAUAAAAACUCUCUUGUUAUAUUAGGAAUGAAAGAGAAUUUUCUAAACCUGAUAAAGGAUGCUUAGGGGAAACCUAAAACAGAGACUACCCUAAAAGGAGAAAUUCAAGAAGCUUUCAUUUUAAAUCAGAUACCAGAUAAGAACACACACUAUCCUCACUUCUAUGCAAUGUGCUGGAGGGACUGGCCAGCACAAUGAGGCAUGAAAAAUGGCAUAAAGUUUGAAGAGGAAAAGUUACUAUUUACGGAUGAUAAAUACUGAAAGAAUACACCAAGAAAUCAUGAGAAACAAUGGGAGAACUGAACAAGCUAACUAGUUACAGAUCAAUAUACAAAAGCCAUUUCUCUAUGUUAGCACAAAGAAAAGAAUUAACUAAAGAGUUACAUUAUUUACAAUUCCAUCUUCAAAAUCCAAGCCUCUGGGAAUAAAGAUAACAAAGACAUGGACGCUCUUCCCAGAGAAAAGUUCUUAAAAAUUCGUUUGAAGAGACAUUAAUAUGAUCUAGCUGUGCCUGGUGAAACCCAGCAGGCUCCAGCCAGAACUCACCUACCAUCCUGCCUGCACCAUGAAGCUUGUGCUGCCUCUGCUCCUGCUGGUGCUGGGCCUCGCACUGCAGCCGGUGCCCGGGAGAUUCAAGCAUCGCUUUCAGAAGUAUAUCUUGGAACCUCCACCCUGCAGAUCGGAACCUGAAAACUGUACCUACUUGUGUAACCUGCAGGAAGAGUGCAAGGAAGGACUUCAGUGCUGUUCUUCCUUCUGUGGGAUAGUCUGUUCAUCAAACAAAUUUCAAAAGCUCAAAAAGAUCAAACCCCAGGGCUCAGGCACCACGCCCGACAACUGAGACAUGUUUCCCUGAGCAUUCUGUAGGUACGAGGGUUCGGCCUUCCACUGUGAGAUCUCUCAGGAAUGCUCACUUUCCUCCUCUAGCCUCUCCAGGGCCACUGACAUUCCCACAAGGUCAGAAUAACCUUCUUGUCAUCCGGAUGCUGCCUCCUCCUCCAUCCUCCUCCUCCAUCCUCCUCCUCCAGGGGCUUUCUUCACACUCUGUGGGGCAGGCUGCAGUCUAGUGUGAAUUCUGCAACACAGAGUGACCUAAGGAGGCAGAGUCAUGGCCCAAGGGGAACAGGAGGCGCUCAGAUCUGAGGCUUUGCCAGGGAACAGGCUCUUCCAGCUUCCAGGUUGACAGCACCCUGGGUAGGGAGUCGAGCUGAGCCCUUCAUGCUCUGUGUGGCUUGGUCAGCUAUCUCACUGUACCUCUCUGAGACAGUCAACUCCCACAUAUGAAAGAUGAAGACAACAUCCACGUCUUGAGGUAUUGCAAGGCUAACACGGGGCCACAUGGAAAGAAGACUUUGGUCACUGCAAAGACUCUGCAAAGUUUAGAUGCUGCCAGCAACUCACUUACGAUGUCACUCUUUCUGGUUUCCAGGUUUUUUUCUCUUAAAAAAAAGGGGGGGAUCAUCUUUGUCAUUUUACUGAUGUUACAAGAAUGGUGAACAAAAUGGAGUCCCCUGUAACUCCAUCACCAAAACAAAUAUAGUAUUCAUAAUUGAGUGGAUUUUGUUUCAGAGUAUUUGGGAAAAAUAAUUAGGAGUUUACAGUCUUCUAGGGGUCCUUUUGACAUUACCAGAGUUUCCAAAUUAAAAUGAUGCUAUUUCAGCGCAGUCCUUUUAUUAACCCUACACAAAGGAGUACGAUAAGUGGUAGCAGGUGGAUGCCAGUGGAGCAGUUUAGGUGCAUGAGCGCGGCUUUCAGCCUUGCUCAGGCGCUGGAGAGCCCACCAUGCUCAUUUCCUGCUGCACCUUGGAUAUAACUGAGUGCUCCUGCCACCCACCAGCUGUCAAUCAAUGCAUCAGCAUUGUUAGAUAAUCCAGGGCCCAUGCAGCAGGAAGACACUGAGGCCAUAGUAAGAACCCAGGUGUUAGAUCCAGGUGAGAGGCUAACUAAAGGUGGCUGGUGCAACUGUAUUUUUAUUGCAGUGUUAAAUGGCUGGGAGGUAUAUAAGCCUUCGGAAGCUCCAUCCCAAUGCUUUGCCUAAACAGGCAGGACUUCAUCUUGGACAGGCAGAAAAACACUGUGUCUUCUACAGGAAUAGGCACCCCUGCUCCUGUUAUCUUCCGGUAGGCUUAACUGAGACUGCACCAUUCAUGGAGCACAUUAACAGUAAUGUCUGUUAGAUCUGCGUGCCAGAGUGUUUGUCCCCCUGAACUUGCAGCCUGUCCUCUGCAGACUGGCUCCCCUGGACUGACCCCUGGUGUUGGCUGGGAGGGUCAGGUGAGUAGGAGAUGGGCAUGCUAGGGAGGGCCUGAGAAAAUGCUGAACUUGUCCCUAGGACAUGCAGCACUGAGCUCCCCAUGGCCUCCUGGAACGUGGCCUUGCCACAGUCUCCCACAUAAAUCUUGGGCUCUGGAGGGUGUGGUCAAGGGCUUCCAACUUUUUAACAUGAACUGAUAUUUUAGGUUAUUGCAGACUUCUUCUUGUUUAGUCCUCACAACAACCAUAAAACCUGGUUCGCAGACAAGGAACGUGAGGGCCAGGGAGUUGAGAAAUAUGCUCAGCACAGCCAGCUGGUAAAUGCUGGAGCUAGACUCCAAACCCAAGCCUUGGCCUGCCCAAGAAGUUUUCUUCUCCCAGAAGGAUCUCCACUUGGGCAGCUCCACUCACUUCUGCUAAGUGGGGUUUCACCCUUUCCUGUUUCCACCAAAUUUUUCCACUGAUGCACUUUCCCCUGCUUACAACUCAGGCCUCAUAACUCUUCGUUCCCCUUCAUACUUAGAAACCAGCCCCACUAAACUUGGUCUCUCUCCAAGGCCCCAUGCACCCUCUCCCCUCUACACUCCUGCUUUUCUUUCUGCCCUGAAUGUCUUUUCCCACAUUUCUGAUGAGCUCCCACCCCUGCUUCAAGGUUCAUAUUAAAUUAAAAACUGUGGAAUCUUCACUAAUUCACUCCAGACAGAAUUGGACACUCUCCCUGUCUUUUCACAGUGCCCUGUCUUUCCCCUAUCACAACCUUUAUCACCCUGUCCUGCAAUUGUUCAAGUUAGUAUUUUCCCUGCUUAGAGGAUGAAUCCCAUCAAGGCAGGUGCUGUGUCUGACUUCUUUGCCAGAGAACCCUAACACCUAGUGCCAUGCCUUACACAUAGUAAGGACACAAUUCAGACUUUUCAAAUAGGGACAAGAAGAGACUGGCAAUGAGUCGAUUAAUACUAACAUUUAAUGAGUUGUUUUACAAAGAAAAUCUUCACCGAACAGUCCAGAGUCCUAGCUACUCUGGGACUCAGUCCAGCUCUGCCUUGCUGGCCUCGUGAUGCUAGGCAUCUCGUAAGUCCUCAGAACCCCAGUCUGUCCAUCUGCAAAACAGAGAUGAAGAAUAUCUAACUCUCAGGUGUGUCAUAAAGACAAAAUGAGAUGAUACAUGCAAAGCACAUACAAGGUUGCUGGCAGAGAGUCUAAGAAGAAUGUUAUUAUUAUUAUCCAUGGCUUGUCAAUUCUUCCCUUGUCCAAAAUUCUUGUCUUAUAAAGGGAUCAUAGGGUACAGUCUACCUGGUUGGUUGGUUGGUUGGUUGGUUUUUAAUUUCCCUGGCUUCCAUAUAAAUUAACUCAAGUUAAUUAAGACAAGUGCAGUCAGUGUUCUCUGAUCUUCAAAAUAUCUUCCUAAGAGGGAACAAGGUAUAGUUACGGAAAGUACUGCAUCCUUGAGAAAUAGGGUACUCCUCAACUCUCUGACCUUCAGGUUCCUUGUCUGUGAAUCUCAUCCUUGAUUAAACCUCAUGAUGAAGGAUCAGCUAAUUUGACAGAGAUCUCAAUUCCUCUACUAAACCUCUAGCAAUUGUGGAAGGCUUCGCUUCCCUCUGCAGAUCCCAUGUGAAUGUUACUGACUUGGAAACUUGUAGUCACCUAGUCCCUUAAGGCUACUUUUCUUCCAAUUGCACCCCGUCUAAAUGAACUUCUCCCAAGAUUAAUUUAUCACAAGUCCGUGUCUUAUGCCUCUCCUCUAUGGCACACCUCUAAUCUGGCUAACUCCCUGGUAACCCCUGGCCCAGAGAAGAAAGUACUGUUCAAAAAAAUCUACAGGUUCCUUUUCCACCAGAAACUGAUCAGAUAUGGUUCAAGUUGAUCUGAGUGAGGCAGAUCUCUCCAUAUAGGUCAGUCCAUUCAAACUACAGCCAUCGCAGUUUUAGUAAUCUGAGUUUGAUCUUCCCAAUACUGAAGGUCCUGAUCAUAAGAAGCUAUUAAAAUGUAAAUUUAUAUUAAUUACAAUAAAAUAAAACAUUCACUCAGUU